AGCGCGGAGGGGUGGCGGGCGCGCCGGGAGGGGCCGGGGCCGCGGUGUCCCCGCCGGGAGGAGCGGAGCGGAGCGGAGGUGUCGGUUGUGCAGUGGGUGUUGCUGGCAGUGGUUUGCAGACUGGAUUGACCUAUCCUGGAGCAGAUGAGGUAAAAAGUGCUGUUCUCUCAACUCAGGAGUUCAUUGGCAAGAAAAGUAAAAGCAGAUAAUCCCUGAGAUCUACUCUGCAGUCUGGCUUCUGGGUUCUGCUAAUACCAGGCACAAUGGCUACGGUAGCCCAGAAGCAUUUUUUGGAAGGGCAGACGUACUCAGUCCCCCUUAUCCAACCGGACUUACGCAGGGAGGAGGCUGUUCAACAGGUGGCAGAUGCACUUCAGUAUCUGCAAAAGGUGUCGAGUGAUAUCUUCGACAGGAUCUCUCAGCGGGUGGAGACCAGCUGGGCACAGCUUCAGACAAUCAGUGAGAGAGUCACGCUCGCUCAAGCAAAAAUUGAGAAGAUAAAGGGCAGCAAGAAGGCUAUUAAGGUGUUUUCCAGUGCCAAGUAUCCAGCCCCUGAACGGCUGCAGGAGUACAGUUCAAUUUUUGCUGGUGCAGAAGACCCAGCUAAUCAGAAAUGGCCAAGACACAAGAUUCAGAGCAAACACCGAAUGCUGGAUGAGAAAGCUCUGCAGGAAAAGCUCAAGUACUUCCCUGUUUGUGUGAACACCAAAAUUCACCAGGAGGAUGAUGCAGAAGAAGGCCUUGGCAGCCUCCCCAGGAACAUCAGCUCCCUCAGCUCGCUGCUGCUCUUCAAUACCACUGAGAACUUGUACAAGAAGUAUGUUUUCCUAGAUCCUCUGGCUGGAGCAGUGACAAAGACCCAUGUGGCUCUGGAAACAGAAACAGAAGAGAAGCUCUUUGAUGCUCCUCUCUCCAUCACCAAAAGGGGACAGCUGGACCGACAGGUAGCUGAAAACUACUUCUAUGUGCCAGAUCUGGGCCAGGUCCCUGAGAUUGAUGUGCCAUCCUACCUGCCAGACCUGCCUGGCAUUGCUGCAGAUCUUAUGUACAGCGCAGAUCUGGGCCCCGGCAUCGCACCGUCCGCCCCUAGCAGUGCUAUUCCAGAGCUGCCCACUUUCAACACUGAAUCUGUGGAGCCUUUGCAACCAGACCUUCAAGAUGCUGAGCUACUGCCGCCUCCUCCACCACCACCUCCCCCACCACCUCCUGUUAUGCCAACUACUGUUCCUCCACCACCACCCCUGCCCCAGUCCACUGCCCCCUCUGAGCCAGCCCGGACAGCGAGUGAGGAGAGCAGCAAUGCAGUGCCUGCAGCUUCGGUUCAGGGAGCCCCAAAGGAGGUGGUGAACCCUUCUAUUGGGCGUGCCAGUCUCCUGGAGUCCAUCCGCCAGGCUGGUGGCAUUGGGAAGGCCAACCUCCGCAGUGUCAAGGAGAGGAAGCUGGAGAAGAAGAAGCAGAAAGAACAAGAACAAGUGCGAGCUACAGGACAAGGUGGCGAUUUGAUGUCAGACCUCUUCAACAAACUGGUGCUGAGGCGCAAAGGUAUUUCAGGGAAAGGGCCAGGAGCCUCUGGAAAUACGGAUGCCCCUGGAAGUCCUGCCAGUGCCUUUGCUCGUAUGUCGGACUCAAUACCACCCCUUCCACCCCCACAGCAGCCUGUGGGGGAUGAGGAUGACUGGGAGACAUAGAUGGGGUCAGUUGAGUGUCUGUGUGAAUCCCAGGACGCUUGAACCUUUGAGAGACACCAGCCUGUGGAUGUAGCUAUUGGAGGGUGGGCACUGACAUUGCAAAGGGACCCUGUGGUUUCUCCUUGAAGAUGAGCAGGAGCAACAGGAGCCAACUGCUGCCGAGAUGAUAGUUACCAACAGGGGUUUUUCUUCUGUUGUGUUGUUUUCCACCCCAAAGACUACUUUCCAUCUCAAAUGCUGCUGCUCACGCUGGCACAAUAAAUCCUGCCUUAGCUAGCAGGCAGUGGGGUGGUCUGUGCUCAGAGGAUCAGAACUAGCAUUGCUCCUGAUUUAAAGGGCCCUGGGUCUUUCCUAAUGUGACUGGUGAUGACUGCAAAAGCAUCUCUUGCAGGCAAACAGCCCUUGCCUCAUUUGUCUCCUUGCUGCUUGCCUGAAGCUCCCACUUGCUUGUCUGUCGCUAGAAGAAAGAAUGAGUGUGCAUGUCCCUUUGUGGGGGGUCUAAUUCCUGGUGCCUCUGCACACAAUGGUUUCUUUCUUUACCUGGCUUAUGGUAAUUCUUUGCCUGUUGCUGUCUGAAAAAUUUUAAUAAAGUUGAAGGCAGCAGGUCUUUGCAGCCUUUGCCCUGGCAAAA